AUGGCUUCCGCCCGCGAUGAAGCCGCAUCGAUGCCGGCAGCGGCAGCGGCUACUGCUUUUCUUCCUCUGCCACCACCACCACCACCAUCACCACCACCGUCGUCCGAUGCUCAUCAACCGCAGUCCCAGUCCUCCGCGACCGCCUCGCCGCGAGGGUUAAGUAGGCGUUCCUCCUCCUACGACGGACGCUCUCCAGCGUCGCCGCGCUCGCUUUCCCGGAAGCAGAGCACCAACGAGCGCAUCAACGAGAUAUUAGAGACCGCACGAGGCCGCGCACAAGCCAUGGGCGGCGGACUCUCAACAACCCGCUCCGCCCCCGCCAGUCCCCCGCGGCACUACUCCCGCGCGGACGGCUCCCACGAUGAGAACGUCGGCAUCAUCUCCCGCGGCCCGGACCGCAACUACCAGAGCAUGAACUCGGCACCGCCGCCGCUGCCGCCGCCGCCGCCGUCUGCCGUCACCACUACGGCGACGACCCCGGAGCUGGCUGGUAUGCGGCCGCGCAAGUCGGUCCAGUCGACGAGGAAUUCCCUGCCGGCGCAGGCCGAGGAGGAAGAGGAGGAAGACUACGACGCCGUGGUCGCGCGGGAGGAAAGGGAAAGAGAAGCGCAGAGGAAGGAACCCUGGUACACGAUCCUGCUGUCCAGCUUUCAGAGCAUUGAACUGGAGAACAAGGGCAGCGUGGCCCGCGAUCAUCUGGCCCUCGAACGCACAUUCCUCGCAUGGCUCCGCACAUCCCUCGCCUUCGCCUCAAUAGGCAUCGCCGUAACCCAGCUCUUCCGCCUCAACUCGUCCCUCUCGACGCCGGGCACCGACGACCCAAACAGCCACACCCUCCGCCAGCUGGGGAAACCGCUCGGCGCGACGUUCCUAGGCAUCAGCAUCCUCAUCUUGUUCCUGGGCUACCAGCGCUACUUCCGCGCCCAGCAGUGGGUUAUGAAGGGCAAGUUCCCCGCGAGCCGCGGGACUAUUAUUAUUGUUUCCAUGGUGGCUUUUGCGCUCAUGGCUGUGAGCUUGGUUGUUGUUGUGGUUGUGAGUCCUACGAGUAGGUAGGGAGCGGUGAUGUUUUUUUUUCCUGUCUCUUAACAUAUGAUGUUCUUUUUUUUUAAAAAAAAGAAUAUGACGCGGGGGAAAUAUAUAUCUAUAUCUGGCUGCAUAUAUCAUAAGAGCGUUCUGCAUCAACGGGAUACUGGGGCUUUGAGUUCGUUUGAAAGCUGCGUGUUUAUGUUGUGUCUAGUUUCUCCCUGAUCUAAUGCAGCAAUGAGCACGCAAUAAUACUUAAUCGUCAACCGAAGACGCUGUAUGUAGUACUUGUAGUCAUAUACAUGACAUGAGAUAUUCUCGUUUGCAA